AUGGAUAAACUAAUCCGAGAACGCAAGUCGCUCGAACCGCGUUUGAAACGAAUCUCGGAUGCCGCGGCGAAAAUCAAGCCAGAAGAGGCUGAAGAAGUUGAAGUACAAAGCGAGCUUGAUGCAUUAUGUGAAGUGUGGGCAGGUUACGGAGCAUUAUACAAACGUAUUAUCGGCGCGUGUGAUGACGGUGAAGAAUAUGAAGAUGCAGUGAAACAUCAAGCAAACUUCGAAGAAUUGUAUAUUUCUGUGAAAAAUCGCCUAAUGAAGAUCACGAAGGCUGUCAGAGAAAGGGAAGGCUAUACGGCCAAUUCACAAGCACCAAACGACGUUAUCCAGCAGCUUGCGGCUCAGCAGACUGAAUUUCUGCGUCUCAUGGCCACCAACAUGGCCACUAGUUCAACCUCUUCAACAGCGGCGAACAGUUUCGUGGCUGCGUCUCCCUUGUCGGAUUUGAAGUUGCCUCGUAUGAAUUUACCUACCUUCAGCGGAAAUUAUCUGGAGUGGCAGUCGUUUUUUGACUUGUUUGAGAGUUUGGUACAUGCAAAUCCUUCUCUGAAAGACAGUCAAAGGCUGUAUUUCUUGAAAACCAAUCUCGACGGUGAAGCAGCAUCAUUGAUUUCCCAUCUAAAGAUUGAGGACGCUAACUAUCGUGCUGCGUUGGACAAAUUGAAAGCCAGAUACGAUAAGCCCCGAGAAAUCGCCAACAAACACAUUCAACGUUUCCUAGCUCAACAAACAUUAACGACAGCCUCAGCGAGUGGCCUCCGAUCGCUGCACGACGUUUCAGACGAAGUCAUACGAGCACUCAAAGCUAUGAACAGAGAAGAUCGUGAUACCUGGUUGUUAUUUAUUCUCUCUGAGAAGUUAGAUUCGGACACGAAGCAGGUGUGGUGCCAAAAGAUUUCAGAAAUGAAUGAGGAGGACAUCACUUUGCAAGCAUUUCUCAAGUUUUUGGAAUCAAGAAGCUUCGCCCUUCAUGCUGCUCAGCCUACAAGAUCGAGGCCGAUUAUACCGUUCAAGCCAUUCCCAAAAGCACAAGCUAGAAGUGCUAUGACGUAUGUAGCUACGAAUUCCCCGUUUUGCACCAUUUGUUCGAAUCCUCAUCAUCACAUUUACCAAUGUGGUAAAUUCCUUCACAUGGGCCCCGAUGAUCGGCUUGCGCAUGUGAAUCAUUUGCAACUGUGUUUAAAUUGCCUGAAACCCCAUCAAGAAGACAUCUGUCGGUCGGGUAUGUGUAGGAAAUGCCAUCAACCUCAUCACACUCUACUACAUUCCGCUGUGUACUCAUCAAACACGCAGCAAACUAACGAAUCGCUAGCAUCCUCGGCUCCUGUCGGUUCAAGCCAGCCGCUACACAGUCUAAUCUCCGCUCUCGACGCUCAUCAUGACAUCGACGCUUCGAACGUUCUGCUUGCUACCGCUGCUGUUGAUAUAAACGACAACCAAGGUCGACGUCGUACUUGCCGUGCUGUUUUGGAUAGCGCAUCACAAGUCAGCUUCAUUACUGAGAGAUGUUGCAACGAGCUCGGUAUCAAAACUCGUGCCUCCAACAUGGAGCUUGAAGGCAUUUCGUCCGUACCAACACGAGCGCACAAGUGUGCGGAAAUCAUCAUCACUUCUCGCUGUUCAGAUUUUCGAGCGGUGGUGCCUUGUAUGGUGCUAGAUAAGAUAACUAACACUUUGCCAUGCAAGCAAGUGUCCACCGAUGACUGGACAAUUCCAGAUUCAAUACAUCUAGCCGAUCCAUUUUUCCAUCGCCCAGGUAGGAUCGAUGUGCUGCUAGGCAUUGAAAUUUUCUUCCAACUGUUGCAACCUGGACAAAUUUCACUCAAUUUCGGUGGCACUUCACCAACCCUCCAAAACACCAAGCUCGGGUGGGUAGUAGCCGGCCGGUUCAAUAACAAGAGCACUGUGCCUUUGUCUCCAGCGUCAACCUGUCUCUUGGUAUCCACCGAAGACGAGCUGUCUCAGCAGUUACGUAAAUUCUGGGAGCUAGAAGAGUACGCCAUAUCCACGAAGCAUCUCACGGAAGAAGAGCAGAUUUGUGAACGCCAUUUCUCUCAAAACACCGUCCGCAACGAGUCAGGAACAUUCGUAGUUAGGCUUCCAUUUCUACUGAGUACGAAUAAUCUCGGAGAUUCUUAUCAGAUGGCUCAGAGAAGAUUGAACCACAUUGAGCGAAAGCUUGAGCGAAAUCCACAGCUGAAAACCGAAUACCACGAGUUCAUGCGUGAGUACCUAGAUCUCGGACACAUGUCUCUCGUAGGUGACGCUAAAUCUCCAACCAUUGGCGUUUAUCUACCUCACCACUGUGAUGUUAAAGGAGUAGCACUACUACGAGAUGCCGGGUUGUUUUCGAUGCAUCCGCCAAAACAACCUCCGGACUCUCACUAA